AUAAGAAAAAAAAAAGACCAUUUAAAAUCAUAGGAUUCUUCGUUGUGUUUAUCAGAAACAGUUGAAGAAGCAAAAGAGAUUGAGAUGGGUUAUCUUCCAAAACAGGCAGCAGCCAUGAUCGGCUUGCUUUUGUUAUGCAGUAAUGUCAUAAGUGUUCCAGAUACAAGCAUCACAAGUGUUCUUUGCAACUCUGGUAGCUAUUCCGAGGGCGAUCCUUUCGCCACUAGUUUGGCCUUUGUCCUCCAAGACUUAGAGACCCUCACGCCUGAGCGCAAAGGUUACGAUUACUUCAACAUCUCCCCAUACCCUAAUGCUUUUGCCUACGGUCACGCGGCUUGUAACCAAAACCUCACCACCUCCGAUUGUGCUACUUGUUUGGGUGCUGCUAAAACCGUCAUGCUUGCAACUUGUCAAAGUCGAAUAGGGUCUCGCUCGGUGCUCCAUGAUUGUACCAUUAGGUAUGAGCAAUACCCAUUUGAUGACUGAAUUAAACACCUUUCCCACUCACUCCACUCCACUCCACUCCACUGGUGUUAAUGGACAUCUUUUUUUAUCUCUAAUAAUGUUUAUUUUGUACCUCAAAAAAAGCAAGAGGUGCUUGCAACGCUGAAACCUUAUCUAUUUUGGUGUAAUCAUUGAUUCAUGUUAUAUUCAGCGGUUCACUUUCUUAUCUAA